AUGAAGCUCGAGACUUCAUAUCUUUCGGCUUCCGUUGCAGCAGUUAGAAUCUCAUCUAUUGAUCUCGUCACGAACUUCAUGCAUCUACCAUUAUCACUGACAGCCGGCAUGGCAAGAAGGAAGACACUGAACGAGUGUCGUGCUGUUGUGCACUAAAAAAAGACGCAUCACUACACCAAGCAGAAACAAGAAGAGCUC